GCAGUGGGUUUGUUUUUUUGACCGAAGUUAUUUUUCCCACACGGAUCGUUUUACUCCUGCAGUGAAUACAACCAGGCCUCCCGCGUUCUCCUGGACAAAUAGAAAAUAGCCUAUCUGGUUUCACCUUCUUUACGCAGUGUUCUACUUCGCCCUGAAUACAGAAUUACGCGCUUUGUUAGGCGAUAUAGAUGCCUACUGAAAUCAACUUGUAGGCCUACCAUGCAGACCAGGUUCCCUUGAGUUGGGAACAAAGGUCUUUUCAGGACAAUUAUAUUCUUUGACUAAAUGAACGAUGACGGCAUUUACCUAACAAAACCAAGAUUAAGAAAAAACGCUUUUUUUCAGUGGCAUAUCGAAAUUACCUGAUGCCAACGCUUACAACUAGACGAAUCUCAUCCAGCGACACACCAAGUCAAAUCGCUUGGGUUGCGUAAACUUCCAACACGCCUCAACCGGAGACUUAAAAGACACUGUUGCUAAACGAAGUACUCAAUCUUCUUCAAAGCUACAGUGCACAAUGGAGCCCUAUAUGGACUACCAUGGACUCCCACUUCCAAGUAUUGCGCAUUCACAGGACAGUUUAAAAUAUUUCGAGAAUUUUCAAGUCAAGGAUGAUGAUGUAUUCGCCAUCACUUAUCCAAAAUCCGGCACCACAUGGAUGCAAGAGAUCCUGCCUCUCAUCCUCAAUGGGGGGGACCUGACCCCGGUGAAGACCAUCCCCAACUGGGACAGAGUUCCUUGGCUGGAGGAGACGCGGGCUGCCCAGGUCAUGGAUAACCUGAGCUCCCCCAGGCUCAUGGUGUCACACAUGCCUUACAACCUCAUGCCAGCCUCCUUCUUCUCCUCCAAAGCCAAGGUCAUAUAUGUUGCACGUAACCCCAAAGAUGUUAUGGUAUCAUCAUACUUUUUCCAUCAAAUGGCCUCUUUUCUUGAUGACCCUGGCACUUUCGACGAGUUUAUGGACAAAUUCUUGGCAGGACAAGUGCUGUUUGGGAAGUGGACAGAGCAUGUGAAGAGCUGGAAAGAGGCUGAUCUGGGGGAUAGGAUUCUGCACAUCACCUAUGACGAAAUGGUCCAGGACCUUAAAGGGGCUGUCAAGAGAUUUUCUGACUUCCUUGGUUGCGAAAUGAGUGAGGAGACACUGCAAAAGGUGGCCAGCCAUUGUUCUUUCAACUCUAUGAAAACCAAUUCCAUGUCUAACUACUCCAUGGUGCCACAGGAGGUUAUGGACACCAACAAAUCAGCUUUCCUUCGUAAAGGGAUUUCAGGAGACUGGAAGAACCAUUUUACUCCUGAGCAGGAAUCUAAAUUCUCGACUGCCAUAAUGAAGGAGCUUGGCGGAAGUCACAUCAAGUUUCCCUGGGAUGCUGAACCCCUGUAGCUCAGUGGCAAGACAUCAGACUAUGGGUCCAACUCAAUAUAGUGCCUUCCAUCCUCUCCUUUUGCUUGUGACCUUGUGCUAUAAGGCAGUAUGUAUGUAUGUCCUUGGCAUACGUAUUCAAUAUCGCAAUUCAAAUGUCAUUCUCUUGUUUGUUAGGAUGAUUAAUGAGGAAAAGCCCCCUAAAAGUUGCCCUGCCUAGGCAGACAGGGGGAAUCAUUAUUGUUUUCUUCACAGAGGCAGUGAAGCAUGAGGCCACAAACAAAAGGGGAGGAUGAGAGGCAUUAGUUUGAACCAGACCCUGUGUCCUCUCCUUCAAAACACUUCCUUGACAUUAGGAAAGGAGAGGAUGUGAUGAUAGGUGCUCAAUGUAGACCUUGUUGUAGGAUACACCUGAGUGGUGCGUACUAACCAUUAAAGAUGUACUGGUAUAUGAA